AUGGCUGUCGCUCCACGAAAAGGCGAGAACUGGGAGCUGCGGCAGCAGCUCAACAGCGAGUACCGCGAGAAGCGGGCGGACGCGAUCAAGCGUGUUAUUGCCAACCACACAAUAGGCAAGGACUGCAGCGGCCUCUUCCCCGAUGUCGUCAAGAACAUGCAAACGGAUGAUCUCGAGCAGAAGAAGCUCGUCUACCUCUACCUCAUGAACUAUGCCAAGACGCAACCCGAGCUCGUGAUCCUCGCGGUCAACACGUUUGUCAAGGACACGGCUGACCCGAACCCCCUCAUCCGCGCGUUGGCCAUCCGCACAAUGUCGGUGCUCAGAGCCGAGAAGAUCCUCAACUAUCUCGCGUCCCCUCUCUCGCGCUGCCUCAAGGACGAGAACCCGUACGUGCGUAAGACGGCUGCGCUGUGCGUCGCCAAGGUGUUCGAUCUCAAACCCGAGAUGUGUAUCGAGUACGGGUUCAUCGAGACGCUGCGCGACCUGUUGGGCGACGGCAACCCCAUGGUCGUCGCCAACGCUGUGACCGCGCUCGGGGAUAUCCACGAGGCGGCGCAGGAGAUGCCGGACGACCCGAGCGACGAUGAGGCGUCCACCCGGCCCAGCAAACAGCUCUUCGUCAUCGACCAACCUACGCUCACCAAGCUCCUAGUUGCGCUCAACGAGUGCUCCGAGUGGGGCCGCAUCGCGAUCCUCAGCACACUCUCCCGUUACCGUUCCGCCGAUGUCGACGAGGCCGAGCACAUCUGCGAGCGCGUCAUGCCUCAGUUCCAGCACGCCAACGCGGCGGUCAUGCUCGGCGCAGUCAGGGUCAUCAUGCUGCACAUCAAGCACGUGCAGCGCGAAAGCCUCCUCAAGUCGCUCUCGCGCAAGAUGGCCCCGCCGCUCGUGACGCUCAUCUCGUCGGCGCCCGAGGUGCAGUGGGUCGCGCUCCGCAACAUUAACCUGCUUCUACAGAAGAAGCCAGAUGUGCUUGCCAACGAGAUGCGCGUCUUCUUCUGCAAGUACAACGACCCGCCGUAUGUCAAGGUCGAGAAGCUUGAUAUCAUGGUGCGCCUCGCUACCGAGCGCAGUGUCGACAUUCUACUUGGAGAGCUCAAGGAGUACGCGUCCGAGGUCGACGUCGACUUUGUACGCAAGGCUGUGCGCGCGAUCGGGCAGGCAGCUAUUAAGAUCGAGCCCGCCGCUGAGCGCUGCGUUACGGUCCUCAUGGAGCUCAUCGAGACGCGCGUCAGCUACGUCGUGCAGGAGGCUGUGAUUGUCAUCAAGGACAUCUUCCGCAAGUACCCCCACAGCUACGAGGGUAUCAUCCCCACCCUGUGCGCCAACCUCGACGAGCUCGAUGAGCCCGAGGCGCGCGCGAGCCUGAUCUGGAUCAUCGGCGAGUACGCUGAGAAGAUCGACAACGCAGAUGACCUUCUCUCCACCUUCCUCGACGUGUUCAAGGAGGAGAGCUACCCCGUUCAGCUGCAGACACUCACGGCCAUCGUCAAGCUCUUCCUCAAGAAGCCCGACCAGUCCCAGGCCAUCGUGCAGCGCGUGCUGCAGGCGGCUACGAAGGACUCGGACAAUGCUGACGUCCGCGACCGCGCCUACAUCUACUGGCGUCUCCUCUCCUCAGAUCCCGCUGCCGCCAAGUCGGUCGUCCUGGCGGUCAGGCCACCCAUCAGCCUCCCUCAGACAACCGUGCCUCCAGCGAUUCUUGAGGAGCUCGUGGGUGAGAUUUCCUCUCUCGCGAGUGUGUACCACAAGCCGGCCGCGACGUUCAUCGGCAAGGGCCGGCUGGGCGUGGACGAGAUGGCGAAGAGAACCGUCGAGCCCGAGGACGACGUCGCACGGGAACGUGCGCUGCAGACUGUCGUGGCUGGCCAGCAAUCGGAGAACCUGCUCGACUUUGACGCCGACGAACCCGAGUCGCCGUCCAACAGCUUGGCAGGUGCGAACGUGGACAUCAUCUCGUCGCAGCAGAUCGCAUCAGCGGCCAAGUCGACCAACCCUCUCGACGAGCUCAUGGACCUGUUCUCCACGACGAGCGUAUCGCCUGCGCAACCUGCAGGUGGUAUGGGAGGUAUGAGUGGUAUGGGCGGCAUGGGUGGCAUGGGUGGCAUGGGUGGCAUGGGUGGCAUGGGUGGCAUGGGUGGCAUGGGUGGCAUGGGUGGCAUGGGUGGCGUGGGUGGCAUGGGUGGCAUGGGGAUGUCGCAGUCCAACGACUUUGGGCUUGGUGGCCUUAGUGGGCUCGGGUCUCCUGUUAACCCCUCGCCACCACGCUCGAACCCGACCUCGCCGCCACCCAAGCAACCAGCAGGCGCGCAGGCCGACCUGCUUGACCUGUUCUAG